AUGUACAGCUACUUAGGCUUAAAGAGGACAGACAUCGGAAUGCUCCCACCGGAUGUUGGCCACGAUCGAACGACAACUGAACGGAAGAGAGUACCUGCAGGCCACAUUUUUCGGAUUCCACCCGCACCGUCAUAA